CAGCUCGCGACUCUCGACUCUCGACUCAGCCCCGUAGCACUGCACCACUGCACACCGCAGCACCGCAUGUCGCCAAGCUGACAUCCAGCAACCACAUGGCCGGGCGAAUGUGGAGGCGAGACCGAUUGAUAUAAAGCUUCGCCUCGCGCGAUAAGCUCCCCUCCGCCUCUUGACACCAGACACCACACAGAUCUCUGUCUCGCCUGCGGCCAUUCACCAGUUUGAUCUCUACGGAUACCAAUACCCCACCACCACCACCGCAUGAUUUGAUCAACCAGCUCCAUCAUGCCUCUCGGUCUCUCCAAGUUCAAGGACUCUUUGAAGGGGGAGAAGUCGAAUGGUAACGGGACCUCUCCUGACCAGCAGCAAGAGAAUGCUGCUGCUGCUACUGCUGCCGCCGCCAAUUUAAAUGGCAAUGGCAACGGCGACUCUCCAGACAACAACGAAGCUCUCCCCACCUACGCCGUCACCGAUCCCCUCCCUGCAGCCCCCGAGCCAAUCGAUGGCCCAACUGCAGAAGCACUCAGCGCAGCAUUCUCUUCCCUCAGACUCUCCGAUGCCCCGCCCGCCUUCCCAGACACCGACUCCUGCCUCGUACAUCUCAAGCUCCUCUCCACAUUCCAUGCGCUGAAAGAAGACGUUGGAUACACAGAUGGAUUGUUCAAUCUUUGGGAUGCGAAAUGCGAACUGCUGGACAAUCGAGACGAGUCGUUGGCGAAGAUGAGGGAGAAGAGAUGGGUGUUGUUUAUUGCCAGAGCUGUCGAGCGGUUUGAAGAUUGGUGGCUGAACGUUCUAUGCUAUGGAGAAGAAGCCAGGAGGUUGGAAGGGAAGGAGAUGGUGGCGACUUCGUUAAAGUUUAUGGAAUUCACGAAGAGGGGACGGGUCCAGAAAUGGACGACGAGCAUGUUGCCUCCAAUUGAUGUUCUGAUGGUAUGGCACGCUUUUAUGCUGAAUCCUCGAAAUUACCUAGAAGAUUGUGUCAGAUUCGGGUUGAAAGACUUAUGGGCAACUGGUCUACCAUGGCCCGCAGUCAAUGCUGCAAUCGACACCAGCUUCAACUAUGAAGUUCCUGACGAGGGAAAGAAAGCCUGGACUGCGAAGACGGGGCGCCAUUGGACCAAUGCACAGGAUUCUCUUGUCAAGAACCUUCAGUGUCCACGAUGUAACCAGCAGCUCGAAAUCCCAUGGACAACAUGCAGUCAAGGAGAGAAGCCCUCGAUUUCAGAGCUCCAGGAAAUGACUGGCACAGGAUACGGAGACCGAGAUCUCUCCUACAUCUGCCAUAAAUGCGGUGGAGAAAUCAACCAAGAUCUUCUCCGAGUUGCCAAGUUCAAGAAGGAUUCCGAGAAUCUCAUCUUGAGAGACUGGCCUCUGGGUGGUACAAUCUUGUCAACAACAACUGGCGGUCCAGACGGUCCAAUUGCAAGCGAAGCUUUUACCCAUUUCAACACUUUCCCAAAUCGACUCAUACGCAUGGCUCUCCGAUCCAAAGUCUUGGAAUUGACCAACCCCAAUUACUAUCGCAAACCCACCAUGCUUGAUGUUAGAGACCUCAUCGAAAACAGUAUCAAAGACAAGAAUACCGUCAAGAAAGUCAACAGUAAAUCGGCUUUCGAAAGUGGUGCUCUUAGACGUCAAGAGCGACUAGCAGUCCGCAAGAUGAUGUCAAGAUACUGGGAGAAUUCAUCCGUGUUUGCUCUUGAGCUUGGAGGUGCUGUAAUCCGCCAGAGCGUCUUCGUCGAUAAGAUGUACAGUCUCGACUGGCUUCACAGUCCUGCAGCCAAGGAAACAAUGAAGCGACUUAUGUUGAAGUAUCAGCGAUUUAUUCAGAUAAUGGCAACCUAUCCACUUCAUGUUGCAGUCCCAACUCUGGACGUGGAUCUCGGAUGGCACACACAUCAGCUGUCACCAAGGUCAUACUACGAUUACACCGUCGAGAAGUGCAAGAAGUUCAUUGACCACGAUGACAAGAUGGAUGAAGAUCAACUGAACACAAGCUUUGAGUGGACCAGCAAGACCUACCAAAAGCUCUUCCAGGGCGUCUACUCUGAAUGCACCUGCUGGUACUGCGAAGCUAUUCGCUCCAAGCACAUCUCCAGCGCAGGACGCCUUUUCGGCACCUCAACACACGAAAAAGUCGCCGACAAAUUCUACGAUUCUGGUGCGGCCAAGCUCUGUCCUCCGGAUAAUUCUGCACACAUCAGCGCCCACUCCGCCGUCAAGGCCCUCGAGUCUUCCACUCGCGCCAGAGUAUACGACGCCAUGCGCGCCCGGCGUCAACAAGAGCUCGACACCGCCUAUGAGAAAGCCUGCAAGCGGGCUAGAAACAAGGGCAGGCCUGUUCCGAGUAGAGACGCAUACUAUUACGGCCCGUGGGGUUAUCCGUACAUGAUGUAUGGACCCUGGAUGGCGUAUGGCUAUUAUCCAGGUAUUUAUGCGUACGGCGAUCCUUACUGUAUGCCAAUGGGUGCUGGAAUGGCAGGUGCUUGUGCUGCGGGGACUUGCAGUGGUGGCGUUGCGGCUGGAGGAUGUGGUGGCGCGGGUGGGUGUGGGACGGGCGGUGGAUGCGGAGGUAUGGGAGGCGCAUGCGGUGGGUCAGGAGGCUGCGGUGGGGGAGGUGGCGGUGGAUGCGGAGGUGGUGGUGGGGGGGGGGGGGGGGGGGGGGGGGGGGGGGGGGGG